AUAAAUGCGCCUGCGCAAUACGGCUGACCCUUCUGGUUCCUGUGCGUAAUGCCACGACGCUAGUAGCGGUAGACACAAAAAUACUGUAAGAAGAGAAAAUACAUACGUACACCACUUUCAGUCGGUAGCUCAUUCACUUGUCGCGACGAACACAUUUUCUGUUAGAAACCACAGUUGACAGCAACUAUGUUUAAGUUUUUCCUACUCUGCACACUGGCGGUGGCAAGCCGGGCUGAUAUCGGCGAAGAAGAUGGUGUUCUGGUGCUGAAGAAAAGUAAUUUCGAGGAGGCUUUGAAAGCUCACCCAAACAUCCUAGUUGAAUUCUAUGCCCCGUGGUGUGGCCACUGCAAGGCCCUGGUCCCGGAAUAUGCCAAAGCUGCCAGCAUGCUGAAGGCAGACGGCUCAGAGAUCCGCCUGGCCAAGGUGGACGCCACAGAGGAGGCGGACCUGGCCCAGGAGUACGGUGUCCGGGGUUACCCUACCAUCAAGUUCUUCAAGGGGGGAGACAAGGAGUCGCCCAAAGAGUACUCUGCUGGCAGACAGGCUGAUGACAUCAUCAACUGGCUAAAGAAGCGCACUGGACCAGCUGCCACCACCCUGGGGGAGGUUGCCCAGGCAGAGACCAUGAUCGCUGAAAACGAGGUAGCAGUCAUCGGCUUCUUCAAGGACGCCGAGUCUGAGGGAGCCACGGCUUUCCUGAAGGCUGCGGAGGCCGUCGAUGAUGUUCCGUUCGGCAUCACCUCCAACGACGCCGUCUUCUCCAAGUUCGAGGUGUCCAAGGAUGGAGUCGUCCUCUUCAAGAAGUUCGAUGAGGGUCGUAACACCUUUGACGGAGAGCUGAGCAAGACUGAACUGCUGGCCUUCAUCAAGGCCAACCAGCUGCCCCUGGUCAUCGAGUUCACCGAGCAGACCGCCCCCAAGAUCUUCGGAGGAGAAAUCAAGUCUCACAUCCUCAUGUUCGUGCCCAAGGCUGCCGACGACUUCAACGACAAAAUGGCCGAGUUCAAGAAAGCAUCAGAGGGAUUCAAGGGCAAGAUCCUGUUCAUCUUCAUCGACAGCGAGGUGGACGACAACCAGCGCAUCCUGGAGUUCUUUGGGCUGAAGAAAGAAGAGUGUCCUGCCAUCCGCCUCAUCACCCUGGAGGAGGAGAUGACCAAGUACAGGCCCGAGAGCGAGGCCAUCACCGCCGACAACAUCAUUGCCUUCUGCACACUCUUCACUGAGGGAAAACUCAAGCCCCACCUCAUGAGCCAGGACAUCCCUGAAGACUGGGACAAGAACCCCGUCAGAGUCCUGGUCGGCAAGAACUUUGAGGAAGUCGUCUUCGACCCCAAAAAGAACGUCUUCGUUGAGUUUUAUGCACCCUGGUGCGGCCACUGUAAACAGCUUGACCCAAUCUGGACCAAACUGGGAGAGAAGUACCAGGACAGCGCCGAUAUCGUGGUGGCCAAGAUGGACUCCACAGCCAACGAGAUCGAGACAGUCAAAGUACACAGCUUCCCCACGCUCAAGUUCUUCCCCGCAGGCGACGAGCACAAGGUGGUCGACUACAAUGGUGAGAGGACACUGGAGGGCUUCACCAAGUUCCUGGAGAGCGGAGGCAAGGAUGGCGGGGCACCGGCUGGAGAGGAAGGGGAGGAGGAUGAGGGGAUUGAUGAUAUGGAAGACCUGGAUGAACAGGACAGUGAUUCCGACGGCGACGGUGGCGACCACGACGAGUUAUAAGACCCGGCGAAGGAGAGACGAACCCCCACCCCUUAUACCAACCACCAUCACUUCCACCCCUGUUCUGUGAACACUAAUACUUCUCCUUUAACUGCUCCUCAGUCAGUCUGUCAGCAGAUGUGGCAGGACCCUCGGCCAGCCCCCCUCCUGAAGCCACCUCGACAACCUCCAUCUCCCUCCCGCUGGACCAGAUGGACUCGUCUGUCCCCUUGUCAUGGGAACUCAACAGAGCAGAACGGCACCUCAUGGUCUUAACAGCUUUUUUCAUUACCAACGUUCCUCAUCAAUCAAACGAUGGAGUUGUAUUGCCUUGUAUAUUUGAACCAAAAUGUUAAAAACGGCAUUAAGAUACUGCGCUUGACAUAUCCAGUUGGAUCCACAAAUUGGGUUAUGUACCUGUCAUUUUUUUGUCAAAUUACUUUCCCCCAGUCUGCUGCAGUGUGAGUGGUGCAGUUUUGUGGUGUUGCCGGUUUUUAGGUCUGGGGGGGGGCUGCUCAUGUUCUUGUUCCUCUGCUAGUCUUUCUGAGGGCCAGAGGUGUUAUAUGGUGGGAUGUAUGGACUCUCUCAGGGGACUUGGGGCCAUCCUAUUGUCUUUUUGUAAAGAGUAACAGAAUAAAGAAGCAACGUGUUCCAUGUAGCAAUAUAUGCAUCUGUAGCUGAGACCAAUCUUGAGGGUCACUGUAUUUCUCUCUCUCUCUUCAUUCUCUAAGUCUACAAAUCAUGUUUUUCAGUUCAGUUUCCCUCAUUUCAGCAUGGCUACUGACUUUUUUUCCUUUUUUUUAAGAAAGAAAAACAACUUUUGGAAAUAGCUUGUUUUAUUUAAUUGUAUUUUCAUUCAAUAUAUAUUUUUUAAAUAAUCUGUGUACCAGUAAUUCCCAGGUAAAGUUUAAGCUGGGGUUGAGUUGGCUCUCUGUUAGCCCUGGGAUUAGUGGGGAGGCCCAAGACAGUUUCUAUUUGUCACUGUGUUCAUAGCCUGGACCCAGAUCGGUUUAUGCUGUCUCGCCAAUUCCUAUGGUCUUGACCAGAUGGCGCAAAUCGAUCUGAGACCAGGCUACUGUGUUUAUGCCGUCAAAUUCCACAAGGUUACUGAAGGAGCAGAGGUGGUCACUUAAACGGAACUGUGUUUUGGGACUCAGAGCGGUCUCUGUCCUGGUUAUCUUUGGGGAGGGGGGAACAGUGCAACAGCCCUACCCCACCGUACCUGUACUACCUGUACUGCCCCCAUCCCUCUGGCUUCGGCUCUACCUGACACUCUUGUCCCCAUGGAGGUGUUUGUGUGCCUGGUUGUGCGUGUGUAAGCGUGCUUGUGAUCGAGUGUCUGCUUUUUUUUUUUUUUUAUGUCCAGGGACAAGGUUGUGAAUGUUUGAUGUUUGGCUGGGAUGGGAGGGUUGAGUAGGGCAGACCGGGAUGAGGGUUGUGAUGUUCAACAGCAGUUUUUCAAGGGGGAAAUGACUUAGAAACAAACGCAUUCCAUCACAUUGAAUUUGACAUGGAAAAGUGAACUGGUGGCCAAAUAAAUAAAAAUAUGGAAAAACUA